AAUUAUUGAAAAUAUUAUUUCACACAGAAGUUAACCAAAUAAAAAUCCACAAGCAAAAUUGAAACCUGUCAAGCAUCAGAAUUUUUUUUGCAAAGUUACCUUCGAUCAUGUCUGCCGACCUCAAUACUAAUGAUAUUGAAAAAUUAACUGGAGAAGAAAACUAUUACCCAUGGAGUCUCCAAAUAGAAGCUGUGCUUACAGAUUUGGAUUUAUGGGUAGACAUCGAUAAAAAGAAUUAUAGCAACGCUGAACUAGAAAUCGCAAAGAAGUCACUUCGAAAAAUUGUGUAUUCAAUAUCUCAAAACGUGCUCGCAAGUGUCGCGCCGCUAUUGAAAGAAAACAAUGGAAUACAACUACUUAGAAUCUUACGUGAGAAGUUCUUCCAUGGUGCUGCUAUUACAAAAGUGAAAUUAGUUUACGAAGCAUUCAAGCCGAUUUCUUCUGGUUCAAGUUUGAGGGAAUUAAGAAAUCACAUUGAUGAUAUUCGAUCGAAAUUUCACAUAUUAACUUUGAUGGGUUCUCAGCUUCCAGAGCAUGUAAAAGUCGCGUGUUUGUUAAGAUCUGUUCCAGAAAAUUUAGCAACAAGUAUCUUGACUUAUCAUUCAAAGAAAGAAGAAGACUUGAAUUUCGAGAACGGUGUAAAAAUUAUCAUCGCUGAGUGUGAACGUCGGAAUUUCGAAAAAAAUAACAAUUUCAUGGAAACAACUUUAGCUUCAGUUUUCAAACCGAAAAAUCGGGCAUGGCGAAUGACACAUCUUUAUUGUACAGCCUGCAAUAGAAAAGGUCACUUAACAGAAUUGUGCUGGAAUGAGAAUAAAACAAGCAACAAUAAAAAAGCUCAAAACUUGCAAAAUCCGUGCAAAAGAUCGCAUGUAGCUGAAAUAAGUGAUGAUGAACCGAAGAAGUUUAGACAUGAUUUUGCAGCUACUUCGGAAGCACAUCAUGAAAGUUUCACGACAAAGAAAAGUUUUGAAAACGAAGUUUCUGUAUUUAAGCUACUAGAAGCACAACGCAAUUUAAGUUCAGCUGCACAAGCAGCUUACACAUCUAACCAAUCAAAUGUGAUUGCUCUUUUAAAUAUUAAUGAUGGAAAAAAUGUCGGAGAAAUGAGUGAAAAUUUAAACGUUACCGAACAUAACAGAUUUAAGUCACCAAUUCCGAAUAUUGAUGAAAAUACGAAAGUAAAAAUGGAUUUGGAGAAAGCCAGCAAAAUUGUUCCUACACUGAUUAAAAGUUCUGACUAAGAUUCAAUUUCUAUUCACGUUGAUCCAUAAUAUUAUAAAUUUUUGAAUUAAAAAUUAAAAACUUUUUAUUAUUCAAGUUUCUUGCUUUGUCUCUUAAAUUAAAUUAAAAAAUUAUUAUUUAUUGUUUUUUUCAGAAGUUCCGCCU